AUGGCUGCAGCUGCAGGUGAGGAUGAGCCCAGCGCAAGGGCCUUGCUGGCGCUGCAGCAUACCACACCCUCACCGCCACCUCUCGGGGCACCCGCCUCACCCCUGGCCUUGCCGUCGGCUCUGGCACACCUGCAGGGCUGUGACGUGGAGUUUGUGAUGCACCAGGCAACAGUGACGAUCAGAUGCAACUUGUCGCAGGGCGCCAUGGAUGUGAACAUGGGCGUCUUCAUCGAUGGCACCUUUCAGAGGAGGGGUGGCCCGGCCCUGCAGCUGCCCCUGCAGUGA